AACUCGGUGACACAUUCCACUAUUCUAGCCCACCUGUCAGUUUGAUAAAGGCUGGUUAAGGAAGCAUAACAUCAGUAAACUCUCACAGGACAUUCAGACAAGUGUUUAGCGUUUACUUAGUGAGACCUUUGGGCAAUCCGUCUCAGCCUCCGGUUAUUGACUGCCAUAACAGGUGUAACAGGAUCUUUACCACCUGACUCAUCCUUGUUCUGCAGGAAUAACCUGAAGGUGCGCGCGCGCAGUAACACCUGAGCUCUGCUCACGGCGCGUGCACACUCACCUGGCUUGUGGCACAUACUCUGCUUCUGCUGCAGAAAACCUCCCCACCUGCUUCACACUUCCCUCUGUUCCUGUUAGCACUUGUGACCUGUGAGGCGACAGAGCAGGCACUGGGACUUCCUCCUUUGGCAUGGCACAAUGGCUCAUACGGUCCUAGUGUUGACAGUUUUGUGCCUUCAGAUUUUUGUUACCUUCCAGUCUCUUGUUAGGGAACCCUCGCCUGCUUUGGACCAAAGAACAAGAACCUUUACCAAAAGACAAGUGAGAAGUGCAUCAGUGAAGCCUGCUAGGUACAGUCGAGAUGUCAGCAACCACCGGGAUGUGCCUUUGUGCAUUACAAGUGUGACUGUCACAUCCGAGGAAUAUGCCAAACUACAGAGCAACACUCACUACUUUGCAUUUACAACAGAUGAUGGGACAUCAAUAACACUGGCAUGGAUUGGAGAUGGAACAGGGAUUAUUCUUGCUCUGACCAUGUAUAGUAUACCAUUCAGCAUCUGGAACUUUGGAAGCAGUUCUCGACUGUACAGAAGUGAAGACUAUGGAAAGACAUUUAUUGAGAUUUCAAGCACAAUACGCAAUUCAUUCAUACGCAAAGAUUUGGGAAUUAUGGCAGGUCCUGGAAAUUCUAAAAGGGUGAUUCUAGCUGCUGAUAUAUCAGAGGGCACAGAAAAAGGAGGGAAAAUAUACACAUCUGUGGAUGCUGCUGAAGAUUUCACUGCUAUCGAUCUUCCCUUUCACCUUGGUAUGAAAAUAAUCUUUCAUCCAACAAACGAAAACUAUCUUCUUACUAAAAGCAUUGAUAGUAGCUUGUGGGUGUCUCAGGACUUUGGGAUGAACUGGAAAAGAAUACAUGAGUCGGUCUAUACUGUAUCAUGGGGUCCGGGUAAUGUCAUCUUUUUUGCAACACACCCUAAUGGUACAGUGGAUAUAAAUGGAAGAGGAGAGCUACAUCUGAAAAGGACUGAGGACUUUGGAAAAACAUUUCACAUUGUUUUGUACAAUGUGUAUAACUUUGGCCACAGUGAACAUUUCCUUUUUGCAUCUGUAGUUACAGACCGGGGUCAUCCAAGAAAAGUGUUUGUCUCUACAGAUGAAGGGGACACUUGGGGUGAAGCACAACUACCUCCUGUGACCCAUGACCAGUUUUAUUCAGUGCUGGCAUCAGAUGAGGAGAUGAUUUUUAUGCACGUGGAUGAACCUGGAGAUAAUGGAUUUGGUACUAUGUAUACAUCUGGUGACACUGGGGUACUGUACUCAAAAUCUUUAGAGAACCACUGGUUUGACGACAAAAGAGGAGUCAGUGACUUUACAAAUAUUACAUCACUCAGAGGCGUCUACAUUACAAAUAUACUCACCAAAGAUGGGAGCAUUCAGUCAGUUAUAACGUAUGAUGCAGGUGGAAAAUGGAGUUCACUAAAUCCACCUUCUGGCAGUUCAUGUAAUACAGAUGAGUGCAACCUUCAUAUUUAUGGAGAGUACAGCAUGCUUCAGUUCCCAAAUGUCCCAAUGCCUCCUUUAACAGACGUUAAUGCUGUUGGUAUAAUAAUUGCACAUGGUUAUGUCGGAAACGCCAUAGCAAAUGUGAAUCCAGACGUGUAUGUCUCAGAUGAUGGAGGCUAUACAUGGAUAAAAUCCCUAGAAGGGCCUCAUCAUUAUGCAAUUUUGGACUCUGGUGGAUUAAUCGUAGCAGUGGAGGCCAGCAGUGAUAAAACUGUGCAUACACUCAAGUUUUCAACAGAUGAAGGGCAGUGCUGGACAGUGUAUCCAUUUGCAAAUACGUCAUUUAUGUUUUCGGGGCUGGCAUCUGAGCCUGGAACAAAGUCGAUGAAUGUCAGCAUCUGGGGGUACACAGUAGCAGAAGACAGCAGUACCACAUGGGUUACGUACACAGUUGACUUUAAGGAAUUACUUACAAAGGAAUGUGACGAUAGUGAUUAUGUUACCUGGCUGGCACAUUCUACUAACACUGAAAGGGACACAGACGGCUGCAUUCUUGGGUACAAAGAAAAUUUUCAAAGGCUUAAGAAAUCUUCUGUUUGUAUAAAUGGAAGAGACUAUGUUAUUGAUAAAGUGGGACAGGCCUGCAAGUGUACCAAAAGUGAUUACUUGUGUGAUUUUGGAUAUUAUCGACAAGAAAACAGCACUGACUGUGUAAGAGAACCUGAUUUAAAAGCUGAUGACAUUGAAUUCUGUCUGCAGGGAAAUGAGGAAACGUUGAAAACUGAUGGGUAUCGAAAGAUUCCUGGUGACAAAUGUGAAGAAGGAUUUGUACCAUCUCGUAAAGAGUACUUUAAAGCACUAUGCAAAUCCACAGCUUCAGAUAAAAGUUAUGACUCUGCAACUACUGCAAUGAUCAUUAUUUGUACCCUUUUGAUGACAGUCAUUAUGAUUCUAGGAUUCGUUAUGAUUCUGAGAAAAUACAUAUGUGGAAACAGGACUUUUGUGUACCGUUAUUCUGCGCUCCAACAAAAUGCAGAUGAUCGUUGUAUUACGGAUGGCCUGGAUAAUGUUUCAGCUGAGCCUAGAGGACCGUAUCAUGAUGAUUCUGAUGAAGAUCUAAUUGAAUAAUAUUGAAAUGCGAAGACUGAAUCAUUUGUAGCAAGUGGACAUCUGCGAUCAUCACUGGAUAUGAGACAGAAGAUCAAAAAUUUAUACAUUUGUAAUUUCUGGCUAGAAGAUUUCUAUAGUAUCACUCUCUUAACUAUAUUUUUAAAGGUCUACAAAUCUUUAAUAUUUAAAGUCUUGGAGAAUUAUGGGGAGUGAUUUAACUCCAUGUAAAACUUGAUAGUCAUAACAUUUAAUGCUGUGUAGAUGGAAGAAGCCCAACACAACCUACUUUAUGAUGGCUGAGAAUAAUGUAAGAUGUCUCUGUUAUUUUGUGUUGUAAGUUAUAUAUAUUUUUUACAUCAGUAUAAGACUGGUCCAGUGCCAUUAAGAAAGGCUACAAUCCCAGUUAUAAAACUCUACUUUCACUAUAUCUGAUUUGUAGCAGAUUGCUUUGUACAGAUCAUGACUUGCCCAACAUACUAUAGUAGCAAAAAAACAGAGACACUAAGAGCAGAAGACAACCACCAGGAUUGUAAAGCUUGCUCAUUUCUGCAAUAUUGCCAGGCUUGCAAUCCCCAUAUUAGAAAUUAGCUUCUGAUGAAAUCUUUGCUGCAGAUCAACAACAGAUUCUAUGCGUGUUUGAGUGCGUUCUUUUUCAUCUUCCUUCACGUGUGAAUUUUUUCAUAACACUUGUGCAACAUGUUAAUACACCUUUCAGAAUAGUUGUAACUGCAGUAAUUCUUCAGAAAUCAUGCCAUAUUCUAUUUACAGGUAAUGUAGGCAUUGCUAAGGAUGCUAGACUUUGCAAUCUGCUCUUUAUCCUUGAUGUACCUUCUUUAAGUGUAAUUGAUAUGUCAGUUACUGUUAGGUCAAAGCACUCCUCUGGGUUAUAAUAAUAAUAUCAAAAAUCCUUAAAAGCACCCAAUGCUGGCAGUAUUUCUUUGGGAAAGAGAAUAAGUGACGUUCUACCCUUACUUUCUCAGACUGUUGCACUCUAUUCGGCAAAAAUAAUUUAUUCUUUAACAAAAUACAAAGUGGUUGCAAUAUCUCCUGCUGGUGGCACAACUGUGAAAGAUUUGUGAUAUAUUAUGUAAUAUACCAUUAUUUGCACUAUGCCAAUUCAGGAGGCGACACACCACAUUUUAGAUAUUUGCUUUUAUUAAUCUUAAGAGGCACUUACUUGUCAUUUUUUAGUCUAACUGCCUGGACCAGCCAUUUCACUGAUGUUAGGUUUUGGUUUUAAGCUGUGCUGAUCUGCAUUUCUAUUUAAAGUUACAAACUUUCAGGCAGAAUUGGUUGUUUCUUUUAGGGGAAGCAAUAUGGCUAAUCUUAUAAAUAUAGAUUUUUAAGUGGUGUUGAUAUCCUUCUAAAUGAUUAGAGUUGCUGAAAUGUUUUAUGUAUAAAUGAUAAAGUGCCUUUAUUGAAAUGUGUGUUACAAAGACCGUGUCACCAUUUUAACAUUUUAAUAAAAAUGUAAAAAAGUAUACAUUUACAAAGUAGUACUGUGACAGUAAAGUUCCAAAGAAAUUGGUAGAUUAUUUUUGUCAUAAUUGUUAAGGUGAUGCUUUUAACUUGAAAUUUCAUGAACUUACUGUGUUCACAGUAGAAAUGAGUAACUGUCCAUUGUGUUCCCAGCAUAUUCACUUCAGAGAGAUAUCCUUCUUUGGCUUUACAUAUUACUGAGGUCGGAAUCCUUUACUCUGUUGCAUUUUGUAAAGUAUGAAAAAAUGAAGCACUUGUGAACAGAGCACAAAUUAAAGUACAUAUAACACAUACUGUAGGUAAAAAUAUUAUCUUAUUUUAUUUACAAGUGAAGAAACUACAUUUAUUUACAGAAAGUUCUAACUAAUUUAUGCAUUGCAACAGCAAGGUUUAAAUCUUGAAACGGUGGUACAACUAGAUGCACUUUUAUAUAAUAAAAUGUAUUUCUUAAAAUA